AUGGCAGCAGCCGCUGCCAAGCAGAUAAUGUCUGUUACAAAGAGUGCGGCAAGCCGUCUUGGCACGCUCAUGGCAAGACAUACCGAUCCCAACACCAUCGGUGUGCGAGUCGGCCUGAGGCAGAGAGGCUGCAACGGCAUGUCGUAUACCAUGGAUUACACGGACAAGGUCAACAAGUUUGACGAGGUUGUGGAAGCUGAUGGAGGCAUUAAAGUCGUAGUUGACUCAAAGGCCGUUAUGUUCCUGAUAGGCACGGAGAUGGACUUCGUGAGCAACGAGGUUGGCAACGAGUUCGUGUUUAACAACCCCAACAAGAAGUCAGAGUGCGGCUGCGGGCAGAGCUUUAAUGUUUGA